AUGGUUCUUAAAACCCUGUUACUCCUGCUUGCUUGCCUGCUCGCCCUCUCACCAGGUCCCUGCACUGCUAAGCGGAACUUCGGCGCUGGCAGGUACACCAUCAGCAGAACCAUCCGCACCAUCAUCACCCACGUGUACCGCUCUUCAACUAACGCCACCACAGAUACCAAGAUCGUUCCCAGCAGCAGCAGCAGCAGCAGCAGCAGCAGCAGCAGCAGCAGCAGCAGCAGUAGUGAAGGCAGCAUAGAUAGCAGGAGUAGCAGUAGCUCUAUUGUUUCUUCGGUAGGGGAGCCAACGCAUGAUGCAGCAGCAGCUAGCGCGCACAAGUCGCUGGCUUCGCCGGUCAAGUGCUCGUCGACCUGCCUUCGGCCUCACCCUGUGUGCGCCGUGAAUGGCGUCACCUACUGGUGUGGGGCGCAGGAGGCGCAGUGCGCGGGGGCGGAAGUGGCCUAUGAGGGCACAUGUGCUCCAGAGAGUGGAACUCCGGGGUUAAGUCCGCGGACGUGGGAGGGGCUGGUGCUGGCUCAUCAAUUGUGGAUCCUUGUUGCCGCGGCUACAGUGCUGGCAGGACUUAUGUAG